CAUUUAGUUUAUAGAAUAAUUUAUUCGCAAAAUAAUAAAUAUUUAUUAUUUAAAAUGAAAUUGUUAUUAGUUUUGGUGUCGGCUAUAGUUGUGGCCAACGCUCUGCCGCACAGCAGCCCUUCAAAAGAAGAGAUUGAGAGCCAAUGGCAACAAUUUCUGAUUGAAUUCCGAAGCAAUGAAUUGCAAUCAUUUCAAGACUUGUCGGCGAGAAGACAGGUAUUUGAGGCCAACUAUCGGCUGAUUGUUAAGCAUAACUACGAGGCGGACAAUGGGUUGCAUUCAUACCGAAUGGGAGUCAAUCAGUUCGCCGACGUGUCCGACGAGGAAUACAGGCAACAAUUGGGUGGUUUAGUGUUGCCAAACAUUACCUCCACCUCAAGUCGUAGAGUGUCCACAAACGCCGCAAUUCCCGACAGUAUUGAUUGGAAAGCGAAAGGCAAAGUCACCGGAGUUAAGGAUCAAGCUAGUUGCGCAGGCUGUUGGGCGUUCGCCACCACCGCCGGAAUCGAGUCGCAGAUAGCCAUCAACGAAAACAAGUUGGUCACCCUAUCCGAGGAGAACCUCAUCGACUGUUCGCGACCCAAGCCGGGAGAACAGGGUAACAAGGGCUGUCAGGGGGGUAUCAUGUAUUUCGCGUACCAGUAUAUCAUCGCCAACGGGGGCAUCGACUCCGAGUCGAGCUAUCCGUACUCAUCGGCGGUCGACACCGCACAACACCAGUGCGUUUACAAGUCGUCGGGAAAACAGGCGACUAUCGAGGGCUUUGAGUUCAUUCAGCCGCCGACUGCCAGCGAACAGCACUUGACUCAGUCCGUGGCCACUGUCGGCCCCAUUUCGUGCAGUUACGCCGCGACCGACAAUUUCCGUCUCUAUAAGUCGGGCGUGUUUUCCGACGCCAGCUGUUCGUCCACUGCUGUCAACCACGCGGUGACUGUCGUGGGUUACGGUCGGGAAAAUGGCACAGAUUAUUAUCUGGUGAAGAACUCGUGGGGCACCGUUUGGGGUGAUUAGGGUUAUUUCAAAUUGGCCCGCAAUGCGGACAAUAUGUGCGGUAUCGUCCACUUUUACAGCUGGCCCACCGGCUCUAAGCUCGCCUAAUUAACCUGUGAUUUACCUAUAC